UAGUCGUGACCUAGAUGGCCCACCCUCAAAAUCUCGCCGGCUCUCGCGAGGAAAGCCGUCACAUCUACUACUACUACUACUGCUACCCAGAAUGCACUGGUGCAGUCAAAGUCUUGGCGGCCAUGCCUCUCCAUAGAGGUUGCUGCGAUGCUCUUUUACUAAGGCCGCGAGUUGCUUUCGGGUUCGAACUUUCAGCUGCCACGGGCUGGCGGGGCCAUUGCUGCAAUGUGUGCUCUUGCUGUUGGUGAGCGGGAAAUCUGUUAGGAUAUCACCAGUCUUCCAUUUUCAUAGUCUUAGGACAUCCAUGUCGGAGACACAGGACAAGUCUGGGGGGCCCGUGCCCCUCAUGCAGCCACCGUUUCCGGACCUCAGCCACUUGACGGAAGAGGAGCGCAGAAUCAUCGAAGGGGUCAUGUUUCGUCAACAGAAAGAAGAGGAAAGAGAACAAGAAAUACUCAGAAAAAAGCAAGAUGAGGUGAGAAUCUUAGAGUCUGCGAUUCGGAUGCGGAAUGAAGAGCAACGAAGGAAAGGAAUCGAGCUCGAUGCUACUUGCCAGAUCUGCUUGAAGACCAAGUUCGCUGAUGGCAUUGGUCAUGUUUGCAACUACUGUAAUGUCCGGUGUUGUGCGCGGUGUGGAGGAAAAGUUUCACUGAGAUCAAACAAGGUGAUAUGGGUGUGCAUUGUGUGUCGUAAGAAACAAGAGCUACUUAUAAAGACAGGCCAGUGGGUACACAGUGGUAUGGCUGCCAAACAUCGGGAGAUGGAACGUGGUGAUAUCUUGUCCCCGAAAACAGAAAAGAAACCGAAACUGGAAAGAGCACACAGUGAAGGCAAAGAAAAUGUCGAAAGUCAUUUCUCCCUGGGCAUCAGUCGGCGUGGUUCUUUACAGCAAAUACAUAGGACUAACAGCCAACGGGAGCUUCGGAGACAAUUCUCUCAGGAAAGAGACUCUACAAAACAAGAUCAUCACGCUGAUAACUCCAGGUACUCCGACAGAAGCCGACCAUUAAAUGAAAGGAGUCCCCCUGGGGAAAUGAAGCGAGCCAGGCCAGCAGAUGUGACUUCACGUGAUAAUUUCUCCCGUUUGCACGGGAAUUCAAGUCUAGAAAGUCGAGGAGGACGGUAUGAGGGAUCUUCUGACCCGAGUUACGACAGAAGAAAAGACAGAUAUCCUUCUUCAGAAACAAUGGAUCACAGGCGGCAAGCAAAGGAUUAUCUUUCGGACAAAGAAGCCCCUUGGAAAGAUAGCCAGAAAUCCAGGGACGUUUUCCAUGGGGCUGAUCGUCGAACAUCGGGGAAGGACCAACAAUGGAUUAGCCAAGAGGAUGAUAGGAAAGUCCGUAGUGAUUCUUCUAUUGUAAGAAGAACCAGCCAAGAAUCUCUGAGAGAUUCUUCUGACAGAUCUCAUCGAGACUCUCGGAUGCCUUAUUUUGGGGGAGACGAAUGGAGAGAUUCUCCCAGGAAAAGAGACUACGAUGUUCAAAGUUCUGGGGAUGAUCCCCGACUGCGGAUUCACUCCGUACGAAGUGGUGAUGAACGACGAAACCACCUGGAACCUGGUUAUGUAUCAGAAAGUAGGGGGAGGGGCCACAACAACCGAAAAAAAAUGGAAUCAGUAGUGCGGAAUGAUUCCUUAAGUUCGGACCAAUCGGAGAGUGUGAGACCUCCCCCUCCAAAGCCACACAAAAACAAAAGAGGCAAAAAACUUCGACAGAGGUCUGUCAGUAGUUCAGAGGAAGACGUACAGACAACACCAGAGUGUACUAGCUGUGAUGAAGAAGUCGAUGCAGAAAGUGAAAGUAUUAGCGAAAAAGGUGAAUGUGAAGUCGUUGGAGCACAAUGGAAAAAAGAAGAUAUAUUAGAUGCCAAAAUUAAAAAGUUCCUCGCGCAGCCUACUCAUUGGCGACCUUCUAAGGAUAAUUAUAGAAUGAUUGGGCACAUGAUGCUAAAUAAGCCUUACAAAGACACGGUCGAAACUUCCUCAGGGGCAGCAAUGCUAGGUUUAAGAAUAACAGGUGGCAGGAUACUUGAAACAGGCCAAAGGGGUGCAGUAGUAGAAAAAGUCGUCCGAGGAAGUAUAGCUGAUACUAUAGGACAAGUAAGACCAGGUGAUGAAGUUAUGGAAUGGAAUGGAAGAAACCUGCAAAACAAAUCGUAUGAAGAAGUGUACAAAAUUGUUUCUGAAUCUUGGCAGGAACCUCAAAUUCAUCUGACCAUUGGUCGUUCCAUGCGGGACGUUCUCAGAGGUGACAGGGACCAGCCUAUAAGACGUCAUACACAUAUUGGGGCACCUGCAACAAUGGCCAACAGAGAGUGGCUUGCUUCUCGAAAGCAGAUGAGCCUUCAAGAAGACAGGCGACCUAGUGUUAUGGUGACAUCUCCGACAUCUCCUGAUCGCCAUCCUUCCAUAAGAGGAAGAAUCCAGGUGAGACUUUGGUACGAUAUCCGAUCUCUGCAGUUAGUGGUCACCAUUGUAAAGGCUAGCAUUAAUCCGCCUAAGUCAGGAAGAAUGAUCAAUCCUUACCUAAAAAUGUUUUUGCUUCCAGACAGAAGUGAGAAAAGCAAAAGACGAACCAAAACCAUUGCUAACACCUAUGAACCCAAAUGGAACCAAACUUUUGUAUACUCACCUCUUAGAAGAUCAGAUUUACAAACACGGACGCUGGAAAUAACCUGCUGGGAUUAUGAUCGCUACGAGAGUAAUAACUUUGUUGGCGAAGUUCUUAUUGACUUGUCGACAGCUCGACUAAACAACGAAAAUGAAUGGUACAGAAUGUCUUCAAGGGAAGAAAGCUUAGCGGAUCAAUUGCGGAGAAGCAACUUGUUUCUCGAAGCUGAAUUAUCCGGAUCAGCGACUUCAGUUGAUCGCCUCUCCCCGCCUUCCUCCGUUUCUGUAUCGAGAUUAUCAGACAGUGAUAUAUCUGAGCUUGAUUAUGAUGAAACUAUUCCUAUCACAAGAAGGGGGUUUCCUCAUGGUGAUGCAGGUAGCUUGAGUUCCGUUGGAAGUAGUCCGACGUUAGUAGGCGACGAUAGCAUGAGUGCGGGAGAAAGGAGAUCACGUAGAGAUCUAUGGCCUGAUGAUAGGAGACGUUCUAGUACAGUCAAUCCAAGAGAUAUGUAUUCCUACGAAAGAAUAGAAAGGAGAGAGCCGAUUUCAGGACUAGAUUACCCUCCUAGAAUAUCCAAUCGAGUGAGGUCGAGAUCUGUCGUACCCGACGACGUAUCCUUGACUCGAUCGAGAUCACCAACUAGAAGAGUGAUAGAAGCAAGUGUGCAUAGGUCAGGUUCCCCUCCUGAACCUAGUGGCAUGGCGAUAAGACAUCCUUCUGGCACUCCAUCUCCGAAAAAACGACAACUGCCACAAAUUCCUCCACGACGAGCUCCAAGAGACCAAAUGACACUCAACUUGGAGGAACGAGCAAGGCAGAUGAAGCUUAGAACCCAAAGAAAACCUGAUGGAGUGUCUUCAGCCAUUGUGUCUGACAGUGAAGUGUCUCCUCGCCAUAGCCUAGACAGGCAGUUCAAUAUUCACCCCCAUCCACCCCCUAGGAGCUCUCGGAUGCCCACACAUCACCAAGGAGGGGCACCAAAUACUAGGGGGCUACGGGGCCCUUCCACCGGUGCUGUGGAAGGGGUCGAAAAAGACGGGAACGUACCACCAGCCCUGGAGAGUGAUGAAUCUGAAACCAGCUCGGUCUCCAAAUACAGUGUCACUAGUGCCUUCUCUUCUCAGUCUGAACAUCCCAGGGGCAGUAGAACUCUACAAGAAUUCACUUCUCCCACGCCUGCUUACGGCCCUGUUCAUCCCACACGUCCGACUCGUGGAUCUUUGAAUCGGAGCAGCAGUGACGGAGCUGCAAACGAGAAAACAAACAAUGGCAGUCUUUCGGACACAGCUCUGACGGGAUCCGCAGAGAAGGUGUCGAGGCCAGGACAGCAAGGAACAACUGGCGGUAAGAUCACUCAGUUUGGGGGUCUAUCUGCCAAAAGGAGUAACAGCGCGUCCCAGCUUAGUGUUGCUGGACAUAAAAAACGCAUGGGAUUCCGAAGGAAAAAGUCCUCCACUAUAAACGUCCAUCGAAGCGAAGAAGUCGCUCCUCUCGAGUGCCGACAUCUGGUGAAACAGACGAGUAGUGUGUCAUCCGACGGGGAAGGCAGUCUUAGUGGAGAUAGUUCUGUAUGGUUACCAUCAAUUCGAUUAGUUCCAGAAGGCGAGUUUUCCAAUUUUAUCGAAGGUUUGGGAAGUGGUCAGUUAGUUGGACGACAAGUAUUAGCUUCUCCAAGUUUAGGUGAUAUUCAACUGAGCCUUGCGGAUAGAAAAGGAAAUCUGGAAGUGGAGGUCAUAAGAGCAAGAGGUCUGCAGCCUAAACCUGGAAGAGUGGUACCAGCGCCUUAUGUAAAAGUUUACUUAGUUAAAGGAAGAAAGUGUAUUGCGAAAAGGAAAACAGCAACUGCAAGAAAGACGCUAGAUCCACUCUAUCAGCAACAACUUGUAUUCAACGAAGACUAUAGGAACUGCAUACUGCAGGUAACAGUCUGGGGAGAUUACGGUCGAAUGGAGAAAAAAGUGUUCAUGGGCGUUGCCCAAAUCAUGCUUGACGAAUUGGACCUUUCAAACUUUGUGAUCAGUUGGUACAAACUGUUUCAUCAUUCUUCUUUGGUCAACCUUCCAGCUAGCGUGCCACAAAAUUCUAUGAUGUCAGUAGAUAGCUUUGGCUGACUACAGCAUUCUUUAGCCCUUUCUAGAGCAGAUCUAAAUUUUCAAAGUGCCACUUGUGCUGCUGGGUGAGUGUCAGCCCAGCAGUGUUCUCUUGCACAGAACCAUCAUUUUCCAAAGGGAUGAGUGCCUGAAAAAUGUUACGUCAAGUAGAAAUAUUCCUCAUCAAGACUACUUUCCUAUUUCUUCAAAAAACAAAAAAAAUAUUCAUAUUUUAUAUCUUAUUCUACGGUGCAAACUUCUUGAGCACUUUUACUGUGUACCAUUCACUCAGGACAUCAUUGACAUAGACGGGCCUACAGAGGGAAUCCAAACAACCCAUUCGAAAAUCUCAUCAAACAAUGCCAAACUCCGACAAAUUAUUGCCAAAAGAACAAAGUUACGUCACUCCCUCUCCAAGACAUUCAUUGGUCGAACAAUGAUUUUGGUAAAGGCCAUUAUUUCUAAACCACAGUUUUGUGACUUAGAAUUAGCAAUCUAGAUAUGGAAAAGAAAUUAAUUUUUCCUCUAUUUUCCUUUUUUAUACACUCCUGUAUAUCAGAGAACUAUAUGCUAGUUAAAUGGAAGUAGAGAAAACGGUACACAAUAAUAGGCAGUCGAAAACACUAAUCUUUUUAUUGAAAUAUGUAUAAAAAUGUAAAUUAUCUUUCACAAAGCUUCAUAUUUUCUUGAACGAACAGUGAGAUCGUCGUAGAAAGGCACCACUACCCAAUCUAAUUGGCUUUUCCAUUUCUUCAAGUGAUUCGUUACGUCGUCAAAAGGGAAUUUCCGUUCUUCUCAUGAAAUGAUUACUUUUGGAAUGUAGAAAGUGGACUCGUAUUAUAUUGCUGCAUCUCUUUCAGUUGCACUUGGGAAGGAAACGAAAUUUGAUUUACAUUCUCCUACUCUUUAGAAAGAUUUUCUAUUUAUACAUGAUUUUUAACAUCAUUGUUGUGUUUUAAAUAUUUACAUUUUGUAAGACUGCUAAGAAUAAUGCCUUGAGUAGGUUUGUAACGAGGAGAAAGUAUAGGGAAGCCAAAAUCUUAAAUAGAGAAAAAUGGGGGGUGGGGACUUCUAUAAGCUCAUGGUGACUACAGUAUCAUAUCAUAUGAAAUUUUUUUCAUUGCAGAUUAUAUAUUAUGCGACAUCUGUUGUUACAGCUUUUUUGGCUGUUCUCUUCAACAAGAAGUUUGUUAUACGCUUACAUUUUAAAAAGUAUGUUAUUGAUAUGUUUUGAUGAUUACGAUAAUUCGAUUAUAACCAUCAUAUCAAUAAUGCAUGCUACUACAUCGAUUAUUACAAUUAUUCUAC